UUACUGCCCCUUUAACAGAGGUGGCAGUUGUUGAGCGCUGUUUUCAGUGAGCCAAAAGCUGACAGGUGUGUGCAUCGUACUUUAGCGCAAAUCUUUGCAAGUCCACUGACCGAUGCAUGGUGCAUGUGUAGAUGUGAGAAGAGAAAAAAGAGGAAAAGUUAGAAUUGAAAUGAUAAAAAACUCAGAAGUCAUGAAACUAAACGAGAAGAGACUAUCAGCGAGCUGCGAGUUUGAGUAGGACGACGUAAACUGUGUAAACAAUUGAUUUCCCGGCUGGUUUUUUUUGAGUCCUUCGCCUGGGUCCUCAGUCCUUGGUUCCUACCCUGUCAUCCAUCCCCAUCUCCAUCCCAGUGGCUACUUUCCCUUGGGCGUGAGGUCAUCCAUAUCUCCAUCCACAUCUUCAUCUUCACCAUGAUACUUACCAUUGGACGUUCACUGUUAAAGAGGGCAGUAGGACUUUGAGUGCACUCGUUUUAUUUUUUUUUAUUUGGGCCCAUUUUUCCAUUUUUUUCCUAGUUUUUAUUCAUUUGAACUUUUGGGACAGGUUGCUUUUCAGUACCUGAGAUCUCAGAGGUUUUUGUUACUUGUAUUUUAUAUAUUUUUUUUGUAUUUUGGGUUCAAUUGUGGUUGAAAGAUCUUUGUAUAAUAUACCUCCUUUAAACUUUCAGUCUGUUGUGUGUUAUUUGGGGUAGACAUUACAGAUCUAAAUCAAAAUUUAGUUGAGUAGAUACCAGUAGUCUCUUCAUCGAGUCUAGAGUUAGAGUUGGUCCUCAUUUCCUGUUUGAUAUUAACCCUGUCUUAGAGUGACAGGUGCAGGGAGGGGUUACACUAGCUUCCCUAUUAACAACUGUGGGGAUGAAGUUUUAUAUAGCUUGCACAUUUAAAUAGUCUAACAGUUUAAAGUUAUACAUAAUUGAGGAUGGCUGCUUUGAGUGACAAGUUGGUACCAUCACUUGCUGUUUGCUGUCUGUCUUACCUUCAUUGUUCCACGUCAGCUCCAAAAACUCUUGGACCACUUCUUUGUGAGUCACAGAGAGUCAUAAGUGUCAUAUAUCGUGAUAUUGUAUACGUUUUCUCUGGCACUGCCAUGGGGCUGACACAUGUGGCCUGUGUAACAAUAAAUGCUGAAUGGUUUGCCAUGAAAUAAAUAAAAAGGACAUUAGCUCUGUUUUUGUGAGGCUAAGGUGUUUCACUUGACCCUGAGCCUUCUCUAAUAGACACACUGUUACAACUUUAAUAGAUAGAUGCAGAAUGUGGACUUUUCUUGUGGAACAUACCACAAAGAAUAGUAGUGACCAUGACAAUUAUUGCUUAAGAGUCUUAAAAAAAUAAAACCAAGAUUAGACAAUGUUUUUAAGAGUGAAAAGAACAAAACAUGAAAGAGAGAUUAUAAAAGGCCCGUGUGAGACCACCGUGACAGGAAGGGCGCUUUUGAAUAUUUUCUGUGUUAACCAAUCAGAUGCAUUUUAUGAUGUGACCUCAAUACCUUCUCACUUCCUUCACUCAUUGAAAUACCAGCAAGUCUGCUCACAGGACACAAUGUCAAGAUGAUCAUGUUAUGGAUUACACUGCUUUGUCUUCAUCCAGUAUAUACGCUGGUUACAAUGAAAACAGUUCAGCUUGGAGAAGCUGCAAACUUUACAUGUUCCAUUCAAGGAUUCAAUGGAGAAAUCCACUGGUACAAGCAGACUGUUGGAGAUACUCUUAAAUUAAUCGUGACGCUGUAUAAAUCUGCGGCACCUAGGUAUGGACCUGAAUUUUCUCAAUCAAGAUUUGACUUACGUACUGAUAACAGUUUUAGUAACCUGACUAUACUGAGGACAGUUGAAGAGGAUGAAGGAAUGUACCACUGUGGAGUCACAGAGUGGAUAAAGAUUAACUGGAGUGGGACAUAUUUGUUAGUAGAAGGAAACACUGAGAGGACUAUUGUUCAGACAGUAUCAUAUCCAGUCCGUCCAGGAGACUCAGUGACUCUCCAGUGUUCAGUCCUCUCUGACUCUGAGAACAAGACGUGUCCAGGAGAUCUCAGUGUGUUCUGGUUCAGAGCUGGAUCACAGACAUCUCAUCCAAACAUCAUCUACACUGAUGGAGACACAAAUAAUAAAUGUGAGAAGAGAUCUGAGACUCAGAAGAGAUGUGACUACAGCUUCUCUAAGGACGUCAGCUCCUCUGAUGCUGGGACUUACUACUGUGCUGUGGCCACAUGUGGAGAGAUAUUAUUUGGAAAUGGAACUAAACUGGAGACUGAUCAGGCAGCAGGUUCUGAGUUUGCUGCGCUGAUGAUAGCAGUAAUAUGCCUUGCCAUAUCUAUAAUUGUACAUUUUGUUUUCAUCUGUUACCAAACUCCAAGAGCAGAAUGUGAAGAAUAUGACGAAAGCACCUCUUCACGACCUACAGUCAGUGAAAUACCAACAAGGUCUCUAAGAAGAGCCAAUGUCAAGAUGAUCGUGUUAUGGGUCACAUUGCUUGUUCUUCAUCACGCAAAUACACUAACUCCAGUCAUACCAGUUGAACUGGGUGAAGCGGCUACCUUAACAUGUGCUCUGUCUAAUACUGAGACCACCCAUAAAGAAAUCCACUGGUACAAACAGACUGUCCCAGAUACUCUGAAAUCUAUUGUAAAAUUUCGGAAAUCUGUGCUGCCUGAGUACGCACCGGAGUUUUCUAAUUCAAGAUGGGAGGUUCAUAAUGAUAACAAUUUCAGCAACUUGACCAUUUCGAGGAUAACCCAGGAGGACGAGGGACUCUAUCACUGUGGAAUUGCAGAGUGGCUCAGGAAUACUGAAUGGAGUGGGACAUAUUUGUUAGUAAAAGGAAACACUGAGAGGACGUCAAACUAUACUGUUGUUCAGACAGUAUCAGGUUCAGUCCGUCCAGGAGACUCAGUGACUCUCCAGUGUUCAGUCCUCUCUGAAUCUGAGAACAAGACGUGUCCAGGAAAUCUCAGUGUGUUGUGGUUCAGAGAUGGAUCACAGAAAUCUCCUUCAAACAUCGUUUACACUGAGGGAAAGACACAUUAUGAAUGUGAGAAGAAAUCCAACAGUCAGAAGAGAUGUGUCUACAGCUUCUCUAAGAACGUCAGCUCCUCUGAUGCUGGGACUUACUACUGUGCUGUGGCCACGUGUGGAGAGAUAUUAUUUGGAAAUGGAACUAAACUGACAAUUGAGGCAGCAACAGGUUCUGAAUUUAUUGUGUUGGUGGUAGCAGUAAUCUGUUUGGCCAUAUCUGUGAUCAUAAAUAUCAUUCUCAUAUGCCGUCAAACUCCAAGAGCAGUGUGUGUACUAUACAAAGGGUCAGAAGGCAGCACUUCACAAGCAAAACCAGACAACUUAAGCCAACCAGUUCAUGAAUAUACCGAAGAUAAUCUGAACUAUGCUGCGCUGCGUUUCUCUGGACCGAAACCUACAAGAGGAAGAAAGAAGAAAGAAUUGAAUGCAGAAGAAAGUGUGUAUUCUUAUGUGAAAUGCUGAAUGUGAUGUGUGUUUAUGAUCUCCUUGAAAGUAAAGACUUGUGACAGAUUUGUUUCUCAUUUUAUUUAAAGCAAGUUGUUUUAUGACAAA